GCAAGUAUGUAAGCCAGUAAUAAACCAGUUCUGAAGCAAGCCGGUCGUAUUAUUCGCUCCCGAAUACAACAUUGGCUGACGAGUUGUGAAGUUACCCGCGAGUUUAAAAAAUAUGUCGUUUUUAGGCAACUUAUCGGUUUUUGACCACAAAACUGGCGAUUGGUUGAUUUUUAAGGGAAAGUUAACAAAAUUCCUGCUUUUGAAUUACAUCGACGAUGCCAAUAAAAGUGCAGUGUUGUUAACAUACUUUUCGGACGAGUCGUACCGGCUGUUUCGUAACCUCGUAUAUCCAGAUGACAUUGAAAAGAAAACGUACAAAGAAUUGGUUGAUGUACUCGAUAACCAUUUUAAACUUAAGCAGUGCUCGUUCGUCGAGAAGGCAAAAUUCUACGGUGCUGCAAGGAGUCCUGGUGAAACCCUAGGUGACUGGGCGGCGCGAUUAAGGGGUCUCGCAUGUUACUGCGAAUUCGGUGCCGCCUUAGACAUGGUUCUGCUGGACCGUUUCGUGCUCGGGUUGGGCAUGGGCCAUGUAAGGGAUAAGCUAUUUGAGCAGGAUUGUAAAAGUUUGACCUUCGCGAAGGCACUGGAAAUUGCGGAGAAGGCGGAGUGCGCACGAGAGGCAAAAAAGGUGGAUACAUCUGGCGCUGAUGUGAUAGUGAAGCAGGAGCCUGUGUUUCGGGUAGGCAGCGACGGUAGGUCGAGCGACAGGCCCGACCGCCGCGCGCCCGGCCGCGCGACCUCGGGCUCCAGUUCGAGAUAUCAGCGCGAUAGCGAUGUUCCUCGUUGUUCCGUAUGUGGAAUGAAAAACCAUAAUAGUGAUAAGUGUCGCUAUAAAAGUUUGCGUUGCCAGAAGUGUGGUGAAAAAGGGCAUUUAAAGAAAGUGUGUAAAGUUCGGGUCAAUUGUGUGGAAACUCAAGAUUCGGAUACUACCUGUCAAGACUGUAAGGAAUGUGAACUCUUUAACCUAAGGUUCCCUGAAUAAGCGUGGGAGGAGUGUCAUGUAUGCAAGUAUGUAAGCCAGUAAUAAACCAGUUCUGAAGCAAGCCGGUCGUAUCAUUCGCUCCCGAAUACA